GUUUUUAUGUCAUGAUCAUUGAUUAAUGAUUAGUGAUCUCUACAUCAGUGAAUAUCGAUUAUAAUAUUAUAUUUUCAGUUGAUACAUAUAAUUACAAAAAUAUUCUUAUUCAUCCUGAAAUAUCUAAGAAAACAAUAGUGCAUGCGGAAAAUAUAAAUUUCAUCAAAUUACAUAAUAAGUGAAGAUGCCAGGAACAAAUUUAAUUGUUCCUGUUGUUUUGUGGGGUAAACAUGCACCAACGCAUUGCAUAUCAUCCGUUUACCUUUCGAGAGACCAGAAAACACUGGUCACUGGGUGUUAUGAUGGGCAAAUAUGUAUUUGGCAAGUGAAUCCAGAUUCACUUAAGAUGACACCUCGGUGCUUGCUUGUUGGACACACAGCACCUGUUACCUGUCUAUCUAGGGCAUCUAUUAUUCAGGACAAUAACUUUAUAGUGAGUUCAUCAGAGGCGGGGGAGAUGUGUACAUGGGAUCUUGUUGAUGGAAAGUGUCGGGAGAGUGUGAAAUUAACACAAGUGCACACAAACAUACAGGCAUACCAUAUGUGCAAUAGUGAAGAUUUGAGACUGUUUUGCAAUGGGUAUUAUGCAGAAAUUCUCAUAAUGGACCCGUUUUCAUUGGAAAUAUUAUUUUCUUUGAGUUCAAAAAUGAACCCAGAUUGGAUAUCAGCACUACAUGUUUUGCGUCCAUCGUCUAGAAAAGAUGACGUCGUGUUGGCUAUAUCUAUUACCGGAACUGUCAAAGUGUGGUCUCUUCUAGGACACGAGAAUAAACAAUCUGAGCCGAUAUACGAGAACGAGUCAAAACAAAUUAGGUGUUUAAACGCCCUAUCACUGAAUUGUUGUGCGUACAACCAACGCACAGUUCUGAUCGUAUGCGCGAAGUAUUGCCAGAUAUAUGAUGCGGGUGAUUUUUCGGUGUUGUGCUCCAUACAAGCGCCGUCCGGUGAGAGAUGGAUGUCCGGUGACUUUCUCGCUCCGGACAGAGUCCUCGUAUGGUCCACUGAAGGGAAAGGAUAUCUUUAUAAACUACCCGCAAACAAACUGCGCGGACGGGCUAUUAAUAGUUCCGUUCCCGACCAUAAAGGCUUUCAUGGACCAACUGUGGACCAUGAUAGUCCUGUUUUGUAUGGAAUUUUGGCUCACCCAGAUAAUAAGCUUCUAUCAUGUCCUCCAGCCAUGAGGUUCAUCCUAACAUCUGUGGGUGGGAAGCAACGUAGACUCUUACUGAGAGGAGAUUCAGCUGGAGUGGUUCUUCUGUGGAAUGUGGAUGAUGCAGCCAUGCCUGUACCCAAUAAGGUUAUGUCGCGUGCGCCCAUAGUGACAACCAGUUUGGAAAUGGCUUGGGCGGAAAUGAGUCCCAGCCCAGUGGGUAUUCUGGAUCAAUUGAGCCAUCCUGACGAACCGGAAAUUAAAUUGACAGCCUCUAUAUAUCUAUUGGCCGCAAAUCGUUUGGUUGUUGGCAGAGAAGAUGGUUCAAUAAUAAUAGUUAAUGCUACCCAUACGGUUCAACUUCAGCUGUUACAUGGGAACCAUCAACAGUUAGACGAUUGGCCACCUCAUCAGUUGUUAUUGGGACACAAUGGACGCGUGAACUGUCUUCUGUACCCGCAUCAUGUUCAUCAUAGGUAUGACAGAGCCUAUCUUGUAUCCGGUGGAAUAGACUUCGCGGUUUGUCUAUGGGACCUGUUCAGUGGGGCGCUACUCCAUAGAUUUUGCGUUCACGCGGGAGAGAUCACCCAAUUGAUCGUUCCACCUCAUAACUGCAGUCCAAGGAUUCAGAAAUGCAUUUGCGCUGUCGCAUCGGACCAUAGCGUCACGCUCUUAAGUUUAACUGAACGGAAGUGCGUAACACUCGCUUCCCGCCAUCUAUUUCCGGUUGUGACGAUAAAAUGGCGUCCGGCUGAUGACUUCAUGGUGGUCGGAUGUAGUGACGGCACUGUUUAUGUUUGGCAAAUGGAGACUGGGCAUUUGGAUAGAGUUUUAAAUGGUAUGAUAGCUGAAGAGGUUCUAGCAGCCUGUGAUGAUACAUCGGCUGAUGAACUUGGAGGCUCUAUAUCAUCAGGCACAGACCUGCAAGGUCUGGCGAAUCCAGCUGUGCAUUUCUUUAGAGGUCUUCGACAUCGCAACCUCACUGCAAUGCGAGCGGCAACUCAACGCGGUCUGGCUGCCUUGCACGCAUCAGAGCGCGGCUCCAAUGCUGGCCCGUUGGCUGAACCGGCUCGGGCCAGGCCUCCACCCCUGACCAUACAGGGCUUCAGGUCUAAUCCUGCUGACCCAGAGAGCCACAUACUCUUCUUCGACAUCGAGGGUCUGAUAGUGGAACUGCUCAGCGAGGAGUAUUCUGCCAUGAGUCCAGCUAGUUUGGAGGCGGCCGGUCUGAUCACCAGCGAGUAUAUGAAGGUGGCAGCUCUGACGCAGUCGGCGAGUCCGGACGCGGCGAAGAAAAUAUCAGAUUUCUUCGGGCGUGUGAAAGAUAAAGCAGGAGAUAUGGAACGGCUCUUGAAAGAGAAGGACAAGCAUGGUAUUUUAGCUAAGAUGAAAGAAGGUGCUGAGAAUAUGCAGACUAAAAUACAGGCUAAGGCCGAGCAAAUGAAAAGUCAACUCGACGCGAAAGAAGAACAAAAUGAUCAGAAGAAACGUCAGCGUCCAAGAGACAUGUCCUUGGCUGAGCCACCACACACCAUGGAGAUAGCCCAGAUUCUGAUGUCGCUGUUGCACGCCUGGGGACUGGAUCCAGACCUCGAUAGGGUCUGCGAAUCGAAACUUGGACUGCUGAGGCCCAUGGUGCCGGUAUGUUUCGGUGUGGUCUCCCGUCAUGGACACAUGGCUGUCCAGCUGCCAAGUUGUCUUGGAGCCUGGAUUGACUCCUUUGCUCAUAUGCCAGUCGACCAUAUGCUGUUGAGUUCAAACCUUCCGCCGGAGCUGGUUGCGCAGGAGAAGUUGACUAGGCUAUUCAGCUCGAAGCUACACUGGGAACUGAGCACAACAUUGACGACGAAUCAUCUUUUGUCUAUUGUCGCGUUGGCGAACACUCUCAUGUCUAUGAGUAAUGCCAGUUUUGUGCCGGAACAGGAAGUUGCCAGACGAAUGCACAGGCCCACAACCCGUACAUCAUCGUGGGGUGGUGAUGAGGAAAGAGAGGAACAGAUCGCAGCCCAACAAGCUCACAUCAAGCAGGGCUGGUCUCUCUUGGCCACGCUGCACUGUGUGCUUUUGCCUGACAAAGUGGUGGCUGCAGGUGCAAAGAACUUCAAGAGGCCCCAAGUGGAGAUGCUAGCUCGCAGAUGGCAGCACCACUGCCUCGAAGUUCGUGAUGCUGCUCAGGCGCUGCUGCUCGCCGAACUUGCCAGGUUGGGACCAAAAGGUCGUAAAGCGUUGGUCGACAAUUGGGCCCAAUAUUUACCCUUAUACACACAUACGGAAAGCAUCAAUCCACAAGCAGCCCAGAAGGAACCAGCAGAGAAGAUUGUUAAAGACCCAGAAGAAGAGUUCGAAGAGGAAGAAGAGGAGAUUGUGCGUAAGCCAUCUUCUAUCGCAGAACUGAAGAGGAAGCAGACAACCGCAGUUGUUCUUUUGGGAGUUAUCGGUGCUGAGUUUGGACAAGAUAUUACCAGCGAAGGUGCAGGCAACAAGAGACGCAAAGAUGGUGACAGCAGAAAGAGUUCCAUUGUUGAAGGGUUCACAUUAAGCGCUUCGAAUAACCUGGCGCGCUUGACAGCGUUGGCAUUGACGCAUCUGCUCCUUGCGCCCGGAUCCGCUCGUCUCCCCGCUCAUACGCCCUUGCGACGCGCAGCCGUCGACCUCUUAGGGCGGGGCUUCGCUGUAUGGGAGCCGUAUUUGGACGUUAGCCAUGUGCUAUUGGGUCUUCUGGAAAUGUGCUCGGACGCUGAUAAGCUGGUCCCGUCUAUGACGUAUGGUCUUCCUCUGACAGCUCAGGCCGACUCUUGCCGUACUGCGAGGCACGCCCUCACUCUCAUCGCUACUGCUCGCCCCGCAGCCUUCAUAACCACGAUGGCUCGCGAGGUUGCCCGCUGCGCCUCUGCCCCCUCCGGUGCUCCGCCUCCGGCUGCAGCCCUGGCGCUGCAGAGGGGCAGGGCUGAGGUGCUCAGGGGUAUUGAACUGCUCAUUGACCGGAUGCAUCAUGAGGUGGCACCGCUCUUGGUCGAGGUAAUGGAUAUAAUCUUACACUGCGUGGACCAGUCUCAUUUGAAGAGCAAAGGGCUGAACGAAGUGUUCCCAGCAAUUUGUCGAUACAACCAGGUCUCGCAUUGCCCUGCUACCAGGCGGAUUGCAGUGGGUAGCCACACGGGUCAACUCGCGAUAUACGAGUUGCGGGCGGGUAGAUGCCAGUCUCUGGCAGCUCACACUGGCCCUGUUACGGCGUGUGCCUUUAGCCCAGACGGGAGAUAUCUGGUCUCCUAUGCCACGUCUGACAAUAGACUGUCUUUCUGGCAGACCAGCGCUGGUAUGUUUGGUUUGGGAGCGGCUCAAACGCGUUGCGUAAAAUGUUAUAGCACAGCGCCAAUGGCGGACGUGACUCGGCUGAAUCCGGCUAGAUUGGCUCGUCUCGUUUGGAGCUCAUCACGGUCUGUUACACUGAUGCUGGCUGACGGAUCCGAAACACGAUUCAAUAUUUAAUUCAGUGUUAAUUAUUCAUUCGUGUUUUAAUGAUAAUGAUUGUUGUAUUCAAUUUGUAAUGAUUCGUGUUUUAAUGAUAAUGAUUGUUUGUUUUAUUAAAUUAUUCCUUCAGUAUUAACUGUCAUGUUAUUAUUGUGUAAUUUAUGAAUUCAAAAUGUAAUUAUUCACUUUAAUUAAUAAUUAAUUAUUAUUAUUAUUCCAAUAAGAACCUAUAUUAAUUGUUAACGUGUUAGUAUGAUAUUCUGAAUAUAUGCUUAAAUAACUAAAAAAUAUAUAAAACUAUAGAUAUUCAAAUACUUUUGAUUAAUUAAUGGCUAUUAUAAUAUAAUCAAUAAAUAAAAUUGUAUAAUUAAACGCUUUUUAAUACGAUUAUUUGAGAUUGGACUAGUACAUGCGGUAAUAGCGCCACUUAUUUUAAAUUAAUAUUAAUCUCUAUAGUUGUAGUAUUCUUGUUUAAUGUUUAGAAAUCUUAAAUAAAGUGUAUGUUAA